GAAGAACAAAGCGGAAAACCCCUUUUCAUCCCCCCCUGAAAAGCGAUUCAAGGUCUCUGGACUUUUCAGUUUGGUUUUGAAUGGAUCUUCGUCCCAGGAAGAGGCAAUCCUUGUCUGGUUUCACCGAAGAUGAGGUACGAAGAAUGGACUCCAUUCUUCAGGAUUCCAAAGCAAAUGUCUUGGACCAAGACUUCUGCAAGAAAUUAGCAAAGGCGUUCAACCGGUUCAAGGGUCGAACUAGACAACCUGUUGUGAAGUGGAUGGAGAUACAAAAUUGGUUUAAGAAUAGGCAGGAAAUUUGCCUCGAGAAGGAUACUCCAGCAGAUGCUACCAAAGUAUUGCCUGAUGUCCCAGAGUCACACCCUUCGGACAAAGAAAAAGAACCCUCUAAUAUGCAAAAAGUUUUAUCCUCUGCUGAAAAAGCUCCAGACCUGUCGGAGCUAGAAUUUGAAGCUAGAUCUUCGAAAGAUGGGGCAUGGUAUGAUAUUGAUUCUUUUAUCUCACACAGAUAUCUAAGCUCAGGGGAUGCUGAAGUUCUUGUCAGAUUUAACGGGUUUGGAGAAGAGGAGGAUGAAUGGGUAAACAUAAGGAGGUCAGUCCGUGAACGUUCUAUUGGUUUGGAACAUUCAGAGUGCAACAAGGUGAUGGUCGGAGAUAGUGUACUGUGCUUUCAGGAGAAAAAUGAUCUUGCAAGAUACUUUGAAGCUCGUGUCACAGAAAUCCAAAAGAGACUGCAUGACAUAAGAGGUUGCAGAUGCCUGUUUGUGAUUCAAUAUGCUCAUGAUAACACCCAGGAAACAGUUCGGUUGAAAAGAUUGUGUUUCCGGCCAGGCAUACUUGUUCGCCUACCGGAGACUUAGCACUCCAACACCCCUAGGGGACAAGAGUCCACCGGAAUUCACAAAAUGGUCAGUGUUUUUUUUUUUUGUUUUGUGAGGUACCAAAACUGUGAAGCACCAUCACAUGCUGUCUACAUUUGUGCAUAACAGACAGCCAGAAAAUUUUGCCAUGAAAGUAUUGUGAGUGAUGGAGUUUCAUGAGAUUACCUAGCUGACUUACCCAUGUUUUUUUGGGGGGUUUGGGGGGUGGGGGGAGGGAUUAAUAAUGUGGCAAGAAGGAAGAUCUAAAUUGACCCAAACCCGAAAUAACUCCAACAUGUUAGUCCCCUCUAGUAAAAAUGGAACAACAAACUUGGAGAUAGUAGAGCAAUUAGUUGUAUUACAUUUAGUGUUAUGAAAUGCAUUCAUAAUAUGCAGCCAGGUUUAUACACGAUUCCAAACAAUCCAUAGAAUAAUAGGGACCAAGAUAUACCCAGCACACAGUAUCUAUAAACCAUACUUGUGGAGAAACCACAAAUUGCAUGGUUCACAAAACCAUCAAUGGUCACCUAUUCUGCUUGCAUUUCAAUUGUAAUUAUUGUUCAAACUAUACAGACACCAGUCAAAAGGACCCCCCCCCCCACCCCAAACACCCACCUCUAAACAGCCACAAUAUACUUUCCGGUACAUCAACAAAAUGGUAGUAAUCACAUGUGCCAUUAAGAAAUCAGUGCAACUCUCCAAAGAUUGACGGGGUUAGCCGAGACAGUUGAGGAGGAUCAUGCAUUAUUAAGCACAUACAUGUCAAUGGCUAACAGCUUACAUCUGUCCAUGAGAUAAAGCAAAACUACGGUGUGCUUCAUGACACAGUUCGCCCAUAACAGACAGAUGCAAUGUAAAGGUUCUUUGCCCAUUUAUCCUGCAGA